AUAUUAUACAAUUUUAUAUACUCCAAUAUAAAAGUGUUUGCAUAUAUAUAGAAGCAGAAGAGACACAAACAGUUCUCAUUUGGUAAAUGCUCCAUACUUUCUUCACUUCUCCAACAAAACACAAAAAACAAGAAAAGAAAAAAAAAUGACGAAACGUUUCAAAUUAAAGAUUUCAAGAAUCCUCUCAUUCAAAUCUUGCCGUUUAAAAGAUCCUUCUUCUCUUCCUUUUAAUCCUGUUUCUUCAAGUCUCCGACGUACUUCUCCACUGGUUAACUCCUCCGCCGACGUCACCACCGUGCCGCAACGUCGCCGUUCUUCUUUCAGACUACACGUUUUAACUGUGUUUGGCUGCGGACGCUCGUCCACGCCGUUGGAUGUUGAUCUGAGAAACUCACCGGUGUUAUCUCCGCCGCAAACGCCGACGUUUCAGUGGGAAAGUGAAGGGAAGUGGCACGUGAUUGCUCAAGUCACUGAAGAAGAAUACGAAACGCCUCGUCGGAAAAUAUACAACGGUGGGUCGGAGAAAGAUAAUCGCCGGCGUUUAAAGAAGAAGGAGAAAUCAAACUCUCGGCGGCGAGGGAGCAUUUCCUCCGCCGAAGAAGAGACUGAUAGAGAGAGUCUCUUACCAUCUUCUACAAACCUCUCGCCGGAAUAUUCCUCUUCCGAGCUACCGCGUGUCACAAGACGUCCGAGACAACUUCUCAAGAAGGCGGUGAUCGAGGAAGAAAGUGAAUCAUCAUCACCGCCACCGUCUCCGGCGAGACUGUCUUCGUUUGUGCAGAGAUUAAUGCCGUGUACGAUGGCGGCGGCGGUUAUGGUGGAAGGAGUGGCGGUGGUGAAGAAAUCGGAGGAUCCAUACGAAGAUUUUAAAGGAUCAAUGAUGGAGAUGAUAGUAGAGAAGAAGAUGUUUGAAGUAGCUGAGCUUGAACAGCUUCUUAGUUGCUUCCUAUCGCUAAACGCGAAACGCCACCACCGCGCGAUUGUAAGAGCGUUUUCAGAGAUUUGGGUUGCUUUGUUCUCCGGUGGUAGUGGUGGUGGUCGGAGAUCGUCCUCCUUCUCGAGUGUUCGACUCUCAGACUACGAUGAGUGUUAAAAUAAUAAUGUUAAAAAUUAAAAUCCUCUGUUUAUGAUAAUGUCUAACUAAAUUCUACUAAAUUUUUUUCACUUUUAGUGACGAUGUAAAUGUUAAAUGUAAAUUAUGCGGCGGUGCAAUUAUUAAAACUGUAAUCAUUAAAUGCGUAGGCUAAUUAAAAUAUUGUAUUUGUGCGAUUUAGAUUCUAAUGCAUAGAUUGCAUAUAUUCAUAAUCGUCAACACCA